AUGGCUAUUAAUGAUGGACGCGUGAUCGAAAAGCAGCGACGUCCACGGGGAUUGUCGGAGGGAAGCAAUGUGGAUUGGGAGUCGAGACAAUCAAAUCGUAAGAUUUCGACAGAUAGUGGUUGCUCCCUUCCCGGCGUAACAGGUUUGACGCUGCUAAGGAACAUUGCCACGACGUCAUACACGUUUGUAGCGAGUAAGUAUCAUCAGGGCCAGCCCGUUAUUACCAAAUUUGGCGCUGGACACAUUGUCUCCGUGGAUCCACAGCAAGGAUCGGCUCGAAUUCAGCUUGGAUGGGGAGCGGUUGCUUUCGUUAAUGCCGAUAUGAUCGAUUAUUAUCCUAAAGCUCUGGAGGGCACCGAUGUGCAGACUAAAUUUGGUUCCGGAGUCGUCAUUGGAUUGCGACCAGCUGACGCUAUUUAUACAGUGCGUCUGCACGACCCUCAACCCGCCGGAAAGUCUGAUGUGGUAUUUGUUCACGAGUCCGACUUACACCGGAGCCGAAGAAUCGCUGUUACGGCUGCAAAUAUGCGUGAUAAAAUCAAGUCAAUGGCGCAUCGGCGAUUUGGGGAACGUAUUGUUGUGGCCCACCAACAGCAUGACGAAGAGCCAAAUUCCGCAGGAAUCUAA